AUGGACGACGCUGAUUUGGAUUCUGCGCAGGUUCUGGACUUUGGCGCUCAGCCUGUUCGACGAUUUGCACCUGCACAGCCCCUUGGCGAACCGCGAUGCUUGCAGCCCGAUCACUUCAGCCUCGCCAACAUCGUGGUGGCGCUUGAUGUGGCAUGGCAGAGCUCGCUGGCGCUGCUCCAAGGCCGGGAGGCUCUGGCAGAUGUGGUGGUCUACAGCGCCUUGAUGCGCUCCUGCGAGCGAGGACAUGCAUGGAAGGUGGCACUGGACGUUUUCCGCAACAUGCAGCAUGCAGGUGUUGAGCCGAACUCUGUGGCCCUCUGCGCGGCGCUGUCAGCACUGGCUGCAGGCAGCCGAUGGCGUGAGGCUUUGCAGAUGUUGCCGACCUGCCCGCCUGAAAUCAUCGCCGUCAAUGCCACCAUCACUGCCUGCGCGAAUGCCUCCGAGUGGCAGGCGCCGCUCCAGCUGCUGUCGCAGCUGCCCGAAUCGAUCUCUCCGACCGUGGUCACCUUCAGCGCCGUGGUGAGUGCCUGUGAGCGAGCAGGGCAGUGGGAGCAGUGCCUGGAGCUCUUGCAGGAGUUGGAGAAGGCUGGGCUCCUCGAGGAAGAUUCUGCUGCCCUGAACUCCUCUGUGAAGGCCUGUGCUGCGGCGCAACAGCAGCGCCAUGCGAUGUUGCUGCUUCGGCGUCAGUCCACGGUGCGAUGGCCGCGAAACGCAGGGUCCGAGCACCCACACAG